GUGUCUCAGCCUUGCAGGGUGGCCAGGCUUGAUGCCACACCCACCCCCGGGGGCUGAGCCGGGACAGACAAACCGGUUGUGUUGCUACUGCUCCUGUUCUCCUCGCCCGACUGGGAGCUGCUGCCAUGUGGCUGACGGUGCUGCUGCUGGUGAUUGUGGUCCAGACUGGCAGCCAGCGUCAGGCACGUAGUGAGAACCUCAUCGAGACCCAAGCGGAAAUUGAGACCUUAUUCACAACUGAAGAUUGUGUCUGGUUCCCUUGCUAUGAGACUCAGUCCUGUGAGCAUGCAGUGGGGAUCCCCGAGAACAUCAGGAAAAGAGAAGGGAACAGCAGCCAUUGCAGCGGGCUCCAGGCAGUGACCAUCGAGUGGAACCCAAGUCCUUACGGGAUCGAGUUUGUACAGGGAUUUCGGGUUGACCUUGUGUCCCUCUCUGGCCCGAGCUCGGUAUCCGAAUGCAGACAGCUGGUUCUCCGCGAUGGCGUCAGAUUGGAGCCGCAGUUGAUCAUUGGUAGCACAUUUUGCCUUGGUUCAGACACAUUGUACGGAGCUGUGGUCUAUGGAUUCCCUGUCCCACCUGGCCGGGAGCAUCAUGCUCAGCAAAUCCAGUUCCGCACAAACUCCUCAUACUCUAAUGGCAGACGAGCAAAUCCUUCAACCUGGACGCCCUCUCGCCUGAGCUUCACGCAGGACGGUCAUGAUGUCACAGUUAGCUUCACCGCCGCCGCUGACACCGACAACAUCAACAGUUACCACGUCUACCAUGGUCGCUGCCCUCCCGGGGAGCCGGCUCCUCUCUCCUGGCAACACACCCACAUGCCUCAUGACGGAGCUGGGACUGUGCAGGUUAGACUGGGGAGCCUGGAACCCGGCUUUAACUACAGUGUUGUGCUUCUGUCUGAUCAGGAGGGAGCUGAGCGACGAGAGGUAACAUAUUUUGUGAAAUCAGAGCAGACAGGAGAGGGACAACAACUCACACUUACUCUGCUGCUGGUGCUCUUUGCUCUGAUCUCGACCGUUGUCACUGUGACAGCCAGUCAUCUCAUCAACAACAGGAAGCAAAAUGGAAAGCGAGGUGAGGCUGGCUUUGGGGACGACUCUGUGUCUGAGCCCUUCACAACACAGAGAGUCUCUAACCCAAGAGUCUUUCUCCUGUACCCAGACACGGCCUCUCCAACGCUGCUCAACGUGGUACUUCACUUUGCCACUUUCCUACAGGCACACUGUGCUUGUCAGGUGGUGCUGGACAUGUGGGAGGAGCUGGCGAGGGGCCUGGAGGGGCGAGCAGACUGGAUAGUUCGGCAGUUGGCUGAGGCCCACUUCAUCGUUGUGAUGUGUUGGCCGGGAGGCGGCUGCCCACCGGGGCCCGGAUGGGGGGGCUUCUUCUCCCUGGGGGUGUCACUGGUGGCGGAGCAGCUCCUCCAGGCCCGGAUAAAUUCAAGCGGCCUCUCCCGCUUCAUUGUGACCUGUUUCGGACAAUGCAGAGAGGCCGAUGUCCCUGGGGUGCUGGAUUUGGCCACGAAAUACAAGCUGAUGGAGGCCUUGCCCAGGUUUUUCUCUCACCUUCACUCCCUGGAACUGCUGGGCCCAGGCCUGGCCCUGCACGUGGACGGGAUCUCAGAGGAGACUUACCCUGCAACCCCCUCUGGAUUUGCUCUGUACGAAGCUCUAAGACUCGCUGGGGAAGAUGGGAGCAUGGAGUCAGCCACACUCUGAGGGUGGUGUAGCACUCACUUGCAUGCACUCUCCCUCUGUAUUAUGUGCCUCCGAGUCAGGAGGUUGUGGGUUUGAGCCUCACCUUGGGAACUCUAAGUCAAAGUCUAUGACGACACUCCAGCGCAGCGCUGGGGGAGAGCGCAGUAUUUUUGGAGAUGCCGUUUACAGUGUGUUCUGUGAAGUGCUUUGAGAUUCUCGAAGACGUGAUAAGGCAUUGUAUCAAAUGUCAGAAUUAUUAUUAUUAUGUUAAACCUCAUUCCCCCUCUGUGUCCUAUUCAGGGCAGACGUUAAAGAUCUGCUGCAGCGCUGUCAGGGAAAAGCAAAUAAGAGUUUUUCUCUUUCUGUCUCUACUGGUAUCCUGGCCGACAAUCUCUCAGAUUAAAGGUUAUUUCUUGCCCACU